AUGAGACCCUCAACCACACCAAUGAUCCUUCCAACCACACCCAUCCAUGCUCCUGGGACCAACUACAGUGGGGCUGUGGGACCACCCCAGCUAUCCUACGCUGUCCUCAAGUUCAUGGAGAGCUUCUGCCUGCUGAGUGCUGCCUGUGGGAUGGUGGGGAACGGCCUGGUCCUGUGGUACCUGGGCUUCCGCAUCCGCAGGAACCACUUCACCGUCUACAUCCUGAACCUGGCGGCCGCCGACUUCGGGUACCUGCUGUGCAUCGCCGUGGAGACCGUNAGCCACGGGCCUGGGGACACUGUGGUGGAGGUGACAGCUCUUUUCCAUCACCCUCCUCCCUUGCACAUCUCACUCCUCCCCACUGAAUCCUUCCCACUGCAGGGAGCUGCUGAGGAGCCACAUGGUCCAGCCCUGGAUUCUCCAAGCACUGACUGCCCAUCCACUCUGACCACAGCCAGGAGCCACACCCCACUGCCUGCCCAGCGUCCAUCCAUGGAGGUGAGCACCAUGUCCUGUGUUUUUAUCUCACCAACUGACACACCUGGUCAGUGUGAGAUCAAUGUCUCCAGCAUGGCCAUGCACAUUGUGAUGCUGCACGUUGGCCUCUGUGGGCUGGCUGGGAACGGGGUGUUCCUCUGGCUCCUGCACAUUAAUGCCAUCACUGACUUCAUAUUCUAUCAGGCCAUCACCGACUUCCUCUUCCUCAUCUUCAUGUUGCCCUCCACCCUGGUAUUCCUUGUGGAGGAGGUUUCCUGCUCGGCUAUAAUGCCCUCAAUGUAUAUGAGCUUGCUUUUCCAGCUGUCACUGUUCACCUACAAUAUAGGGCUGUACCGGCUGACAUUCAUCAGCAUUGAGAGCUGCAGAUCCAUCCUCUGCCUGUUUUUUUGUGGUUUUCAACUUCCUGAGCACCUGCUGAGGGUGGUGAUGAGUGUCUUGUACUGGGCCCUCCUCUUUGUUGUCAUCGCCGUCAAUCCCACGGUGACUUCCCUGUGCCAGUCACGCGAGCAGGAGCAAUGUCGGGUGAUUCUCACUUCCAUGUACGCCCUCAGCCUCUUCCUAUUUGCAGCACCCAUGGUCAUUUCCAGCACAAUCCUCUUCAUUCAUCUCAAGCCUGGCUUACAGCAGCAGCCACUCAAGACGCUUGACAUUGUUAUCUUCCUUGUUGCACUCUUCAAUCUGCCCCUCAGUCUCUGGAAUUUACUGCAGCAGCUUGGUUACACCGUUGUGCCCUCCCAGAUGGUUUUCUUGCUCACCAGCAUCAACAGCAGCAUCAAACCCUUCAUCUGCUUCAUGGUGGGGAGCUGGAAGAGAGACUGCUCCAUGGGGAGCUGCUGGAGGCACUGCUCCAUGGAGAGUUGCAGGAAGCACUCCUCCAUCCAGUCCCUAAGGAAGGCAAUCCACAGGGUGUUUGGGGACCCAGAAGAAAACACUGCCUGUGGAGAUGAACCUUCUGUGGACACAGGGGUCUGAGUCCGUUGAUCGCUUCCACUACACUGCUGAAGGACCCCGGGACAGCGGCUGAGAGAUUCCUUGAGUCUCCUGAUCAAUAAAUACCCACAGGAUCACCCUCCCUGUGCUGCUGCAUCCCCAGCCCCUUUCCUGGCUGCUCUAGGCUCUGAUCCGUGCUUGUGAGGCCUCAGCCUUGAGGAGCAGCCCCGG